UUCGGAGAGUGAGGCCUUGGAGUCCGGGAGCCGGGGCCUGGGAGGAAGCGUGGCAGCGGCGGGUGACCCACGCAAUUUCUGCCCCUGGCUCUCGGGCUACCCCCGGCGGCCGGCACGAUGUUUAAGAAACUCAAGCAGAAGCUUAACGAGGAGCAGUUCCCCGUCAGGAGCAGCCUAGCUCAGGCUUCUCCAAAGUCAACUCCACCUUCAACAGGAAAUAGAAGCCACACCUCUUCCUUGUCAGGUCAACACAAUGAAGGCACUUUAGGUGACAGAGAGAAUGUACUCAAGACAUCGACUGAAAACCUGUCUUCUCCGAAGAUAACAGAUCACUUCAGUGAUGAAGGUUCAGUCACUGUUCCGAAGCCUGAGAUGCAGUCAUUUACCCAAAAACUACAGCUUCGUGUUCCAUCUAUCGAGUCUUUAUUCCGAGCCUCUUCAAAAGAGACUCUAUUUCAGUCUCCUUCAAAAGAAUCAUUGGUGCGAUCUGCCUCAAGAGAAUCUCUCAAUAGAAUCGAUGCAGAUGUUCACAGUUCUGGUAUCACCUUUGAUCCAUCGUCAGACAUUGAAAGUGAGGCAGAAGAUUCCACAGGUAACUUUGAGAGCCUUAGCAAGGAUCCAUCUUCGAACCAGUUCCGCAGGAUGGAGCGGAGUUUGAGCAACUAUCGGCUGAAGUAUUCAGAGUUGGUCACUGCCUAUCGGACUUUGCAGAGAGAUAAAGAAAAAAUGCAGGUAGUUUUAAGUCAGGGUCAAGAUAAAGCCCUACGUAGGAUUGGAGAAUUGCGUGAGGAGCUCCAAAUGGAUCAGCAAGCAAAGAAGCAUCUUCAAGAUGAGUUUGAAGCAGCACUGGAGGAGAAAGAUCAACUUAUUGGUGUUCUGCAGACACAGGUUGCAUUAUUGAAGCAAAGGAUGGGACUUACAGGGGCAAAUACAGAUCUGGGUGAAUCCACAGUUCAAGCACCUGUGACUGAAAGUACAGAAGCAGUUCAAGCGAGUCCUAAUAAUGAAGAAAAUAACAUCGACAGUCCCGAUGGAUCAGGAGAGGGAUCUGGAGAUGCUGCUAAUUCUUUAUCCAUUCUUCAAAAACGAAUAAAGAGGCAAGAAAAUCUCUUGCAGCGUUGUAAGGAGAUGAUUCGUACACACAAAGAACGUUGCACCCAGAUGACCAGUGAAAAGGAAGCCCUUCAAGAACAACUGGAUGAACGCUAUCAGGAGCUGGAAAAAAUAAAGGAUCUACACACUGCCGAAAAAACAAAACUAAUCACUCAGCUCCGAGAUGCAAAGAACUUAAUUGAACAGUUGGAACAAGAUAAGGGUAUGGUGAUCGCAGAGACAAAACGACAGAUGCAUGAAACAUUGGAGAUGAAGGAAGAGGAAAUCUCUCAACUUCGUGCCAAACUUCAGCAGUUCAGUGGACAACGUGAAGCUUUGCUUGAACAGAAAGAAAAGUCUGACAAAGCUGCAUUUGAGGAGCUCGAGAAAGCACUAGUCUCAGCUCAGAAAUCUGAAGAUAAGUGUAAAAAACUGAAGCAGGAGAUGGAAAAACGGUUAAAAGCUAUGGAGGAAACAAAUGAAGAACAACAAAAGAACUUGCAACAGGAGCUUUCACGAGUUAAGCUGGAAGUUGUAACUGUAAUGAAGUCCUCUGAAGAUCGUAUUGGAGAACUGGAGAAAAGUCAUAUGGAAGAACUGACCUGCAAAGAAAAGGAGUUUAUGAAGCAGUUGCAAGCUUCUCAGCAGGAGUUUCAGGAACAGUUAAAAAAGGCUCUGGACAAGUGUCAUGCUGAGUACCAAGCAGAGCAACAGGAGAAAGAACAGCAAACUGUGUUGGCAUUAGAAGAACAGGAAUUACAAAAGCAGGCAGUUCAGACUCAAGCAUCUAAGCAAAUCCAGGAUUUGCAAGCAGAAUUGGAAACCUUCAAAACGAGAGUUUUGGAAUUGGAAAGUUUGCUUUUAAAGAAAUCACAAGAUGGUGAAGCUCAUGCAGAAGAGUUGGAAGCUGAGAAGGUCAAGCAUGAAAUAGAAAUUGCAGCCUUAAUUAAAACCCAUCAGGAGGCACUGGAAAGCUUGCGUCAAGAAGAAGAGCAGUUAUACACUGAAAAAAUACAGACAAUUAACCAUCAACACAAGGCUCAAGUGGAACAACUUGAGGAAAAAUCUAAAAAUCUAGAAGUACAAUUGAAAGGGAAAGAAACUCAAUUCCAUGCACACAUUGAGGAGAUGAACCAAAAAACACUAGAGAAACUUGACGUGAAACAAACUGAGUUGGAAGCACUGUCAACUGAGAUGACUGAAAUGCUCAGAAUACGGAAUGAGCUGGAAAAUAAGUUAACUGCAAUUGAAGCAGACCAUGAGAAGGAGCUGGCACAGAAGAAACUACAUUAUGAAGAAAAAAUUGAGGCUGAUAGAAAAGGCAUUGAACAAUCCUUUAGUGGAGUUGAGAAAACAUUGACAGAUGAGGUAAACAACCUCCGUCGCCAUCUUGAGGGCAAGGACAAAAUUGUAGGAGACCUUCAAGUAGAAAGAGAGAGUCUGGUAAAUGAACUUGAAACGGUUAAAAAAGAAGCCACAGAAAUUUCUGCAGAACUUGAAUGUAUGAAGCAAACCUAUCAGCAAGACCAAGCAAAUGCUGAGGAACAGUUUAAUUGGAAACUAGAUGAUCAACGUCAACUGUAUGAAACGCAAUUAACAGAAUUGCGGAACUUGCUAAGGAACUUAGAGACUGAGAAAGAAAAGAAACGGUUGUCAGAUCAGACCAGACACAAUGAGAUUACUGCCAGUUUAGAUAACUAUAAAUCCCAGACCCAGGAAUUGGCAGAGAAAAACAGUGAGCUGCUAAAUAAAGUAGCUUUCCUGACAGAACAAUAUGAAACCCAAAUAGCUCAGCUGGAAUCAGACAUUGGACAGUUACAGACAAGUUCAGAAGAAAAGCAAAAGGCACUUAAUGAUGCACAAAAUAUUCAGAAACAGCAGGCAGAAGUCUUUACUCAAAAACAAACAGAAGAACAAAAAGUAACUGCGCAGCAAAUUGAUUCACUUCACGAGGAAUAUGGAAAAAAGAUAAAGGCACUUGAAACAAAGCUUGAAGAAGUUAAACAAAAGGGAACUGAAAUGCAGGAUAAAUUGCGGAUUGAACUGUCUGAACAAGAGAUGAAAUUAAAAACACAGCUAGAGAAACAACAGAAGGAAUUUGUUGAAAAGGAACAAAUGUUCAAUGAAAAAUUAGUGGAAAUGGCACAUGCAAGUUCUACGGGAAUGAAUGAAACUGUGACACAGUUGGAAUCAAAUCACAAACAGCAACUGGAAACUGUUAAGGAGUUUCAUAAGCAGGAGUUUGAAGAACUUCAACAAAGCUGGGAGAAAAGGAUGAAUCGGCAGAUUGAAGAAUUGCAGGAAAAGCACGAGACUGCAUUUCAAGAAAAGCAAGAAGAAUUGAGAGAGUUAAAACAGAACCUUGAAGCUUCCAAUAAUGAAAGUGCUGAGUUAGCCAUGAAAAUAACUGAACUUACCAAGGAGGUUGCUUUAGGAGCAGAUAAAAAACAGCAACUUCAAGAGGAAUUGAAGGAAGCAUUUGUUCAAGUUGACACUUUGAUAAAAAGUGAAACAGAGCUUAAAGCUAAAUUACAGGCUUUUGAAGAUGCUAACAGACAAAAACUGUUGGAAAAAACAGAAUUAGAAAACUGUCUAAAUGAACUGAAGAAAGCAGAUGAGCAGAAUCAGGUUAAGAUUCAGGAGCUUAGCAAUUUGUUGAAGAACACUGAGGAUAACUUUCAUGCAUUAGAAAAUAUGCGUUGCAAAGAGACUGAGGAGUAUCAGAAACAACUUCAAGAAAAGUCUGUUGAACUUGGGAAUGAAAGCAAAAUCAGGAGCCAAGUAGAGCAGUUAAUUAAUAAUUUUCAUGAAGCAAAUAUGAAAGUCGAGCUGCAAACCAAUGACUUUAAUCUGAAGUGCACUGAAAAAAUGGAUAUCCUUCAUGAACGUGUUAAAAUUUACCAAAGUCAAAUUGAGAAGGUACAAAAGGCACUAGUCAAAAGAAUCAGUAGGGUUGGUGAACUAGAAGUUAAACUGGACGAGUUAGUAAAGCAAAAUGUCUUAUUGAAUGAUUCGGUGCAGCAUACAACACAACAAUUGCAUAAUGAGCAACAAAAUUUUAAGGCAUUGCAAUCUGAACUCCAAACCAUUUCUGCACAGCAUAGUACACUCCAGCAAGAAAGCAAACAAAAUAGUCAAGAAUUGACUGAGAAGGAAGCUUGCAUUGAACAGUAUAAGAAAGAAUUGUCUGAAAGUGCAUUAGCUUGCAAAUCCACUACAGAACAGCUAAAGGAAAAAGAAAUAGUAAUCUCAAGCUUGGAGGAACAAAUACGUGAUCUAAAGUUGGAGCUUGAGCACAGUAUUUCCCUUUCAGAUAAGGAAGAAGCUGUUUCAUUACUUGACAAACAAUACAAAGUGGAACAACAAAUGUUGCUGGACCAAAUUGAUCAACUAUCUGCAAAUGUUAAAACUGUUUCUCAAGAAAAAGAUUCAGCCCUUGAACAGGCAAGCCAGCACAAAAGCAAGUUAACAGAAUGGAAGAAAAAGAUGGAAUCAAAAUUAGUACAGCAUAACAACAAAAUGAAAGAGCUUGAGUCAAAAUAUGAGACAUCUAUUCAACAGAAUAAGGAGAAGGAUGACCAAAUAUCAACAUUGACAGCAGAGGUGGAAAAACUGACCACCAACCUACAAAGUAUUACAAUUGAAGUUGAAUACAUGGCAAAGGAGAAAGAGAAAAUUGUAAAUGAUUUGAAUGCCCAACUGGAAAUAACCAAAUCUAGAAUAGCAGAACUAGACCAAGACAUUGCAGCAAAGUCUGAGGAAUGUAAAGUUGUUGAAGAACUCAACAAGCAAUUGCAUCAGAAGGAGACUGAAUUGCAGGAGAUGGGACUGCUGCUUGAACAGGCUCAGGUUGGAGCUUGUGACCAGGACAGCAGAUAUAAGAAUGCUGAAGAAAAAGUCCAAUCAUUUGAGAAAGAGAUGGAAUCACUGCGAGUUGAAUUUUCACAGAAACAGAAUGAAUGGGAACAAACUAAAUUUGAACUCAUAAAUAGCAAAGAGAAAGAACUCAUAGAUUUAGAAACUAGAAUGAAAACUGAGAGCACCAGUAAAAUCGCUGAAUUCAAGAAAAAAGCAGAACAAAAAAUUGCAAAAAUAAAGAAGCAAUUAACUAAUCAAUUAGAAGAAAAAGAAAACAGUGCAAAUGAACAAAUAAGAGACUUGAAACAAAAAGCACAGGAUCAAGAAGCAGUCAUUGGAGCCUUAAAAGAGAAACUGAAAAUUCUAGAAGCUUCAAUUGGAUCAGAAAAGGAAGAAAAGCAGAAAUGGGUUGAGAAAGUGAAAAAAGAAAUGGAACUUGAGAAGGAGAGCUCUCUGAAAUUGUUGAAAGAAAGCUAUGAAAAAAGGAUUAUCGUUCUACAGAUGGAUGUGUCAGCGAGAGAUGAAAUGUUGCAAAAAUACAGAGACAAUCAGCUAGAAACAAAUGCUGAACAUGAGAUCAGCAAGUCUUAUACAGAUCUUCAAAAGCAUCGAGAAAAAGUUGAAGAUGAGAAACAAAUCCAGAAGAGAGAUGGAGAUGAGUUUGAACAACAGAAGCAUGUACAUCCAUUACUGGCAGAAGAACAAAAGGAGGAAAUUAACACAGUAGAAAAGUUAAAGGAACAAUUGAGCAUAAAAGAGAAACACAUAAAUGAGAUGGAAAAAAUAAUUGCAGAGUUACAAAAUAAAAUCCAGGGUAAAGAGAUUCCUGAGAAGCAAACCCUAGGGGAGCUAUCAAGUGUCUUCACUUUAAAAAAGAAAGAUGUUGAGGGGCAGGAAAACUCAGAGAGCAGUUGUCUGAUUGAAGGCUACAAAAAACAGAUACUGGCACUCCAGGAGCAGUUGGAAGAAAAAGUUUCUCUACUUAAGAUCUUUGAAGAAAGUUCUGAAGAGAAGACAAAAUCUGACACAGAACUACAAAAGUUGCUCAAUGACAUGCAGGAGCAACAAAAAGAAUUGGGACACAAACUGGAAGAGGCAGAAAAUGAGAAACAAAAAGCUCGCAAAGAACAGGCUAAACUGCAAAAAGACAUUCGUGCGUUACGCAAAGAACAUGAGGCUGAAAUAGAAAUCAUUCGCAAAGAAGUAUGUGAAGAAACUGAAAAUAAAGCCAAGUUGGAACUGGAGGAUCUGCAGCUGAAACAUAACUCAACUCUCAAACAGUUAAUGCGAGAAUUCAAUACACAGCUAGCUCAAAAAGAAGAAGAGUUGAAUAUUUCUGUCAAACAAGCUAUUAGCAAAGCCCAGGAAGUGGAGGCAGAGCUCCUGGAAACCCACAAGGAGGAUGUAAACCAGCUCUAUCGCAAGAUCGCUGAAAAGGACGAUUAUAUACAAAGGACAGCAAAAAAAUAUGAAGAGAUUUUGCAGUCUCGAGAAGAAGAAAUGACUGUUAAAGUGACUGAACUGCAGGCAGAACUAGAGGAGUUAAGAGCCCAGCAUCAGCUGUUACAGCAUAAUGAUGAAAAUCAGAAUAUUGAACAGGAAUGUCCAUUAACAGUGACAGAACUGCAGGCACAGCUAGCAGAGAAAACUACUCUUGUUAAUGAUGCUAUACUCCAUGAACAGGAACUUAGAGAGCAGAUUCAUUCACUUCAGGAUCAGCUUAAGGUUCAUGAAAAAAAUUCUUGUAUGUCAUCAUUUGGAACACCAUAUAGAGAUGGAAAUUAUGCUGUUGAUGGUUCUGUGAUAACAGAGCCUACAGAAUUAGAAUAUCUUAAGAAGGUGCUCUUUGAAUACAUGAUGGGAAAGGAAACUAAGACUUUGGCAAAAGUUAUAACCACUGUACUAAAGUUCCCAGCAGAGCAGACACAGAAAAUAUUAGAACGAGAAGAGUCUCGAUCUACAUAUUCCUCAUCUCGUACUGGUAUUUUCUGAGGCUUGGUUGGUGAUGCAGUCACUUAAUACAUGGACUUGGUUGCGCUAACUGGGAAACCUACAAGGGUGACACGGAGCUAUUCCAUGAUCAUGCUGCUGGGAUGUUAUUUAUCUGUUUGCUUGUGCAGGGAAGGGAAAUAUGGUACUAUUUAAAAGAUGAUGUUUCUAUGGCCUUUAACUGUGAUUUGUAUAAAGUCUAAAAUUUGAGGAAGACUUGACAUUAUUCUGAUGUUAACUCUAGCAGGUUCUUGUUAAAUGGCACUAGGAUAAAUUGUGCAAUAAAUUUCUAAUGGGAUAUAAGCCGUGAAUGGGUGCCGUUAAUGUUUGACUGGAAUGCUUCUUUCUGUACAGCUUGAUUUUUUUUUGCUAGGUAAUAUACUUGGAGCUUUAGCCUAUAAAGAUACUGAAUCGCAGUACCUAGUUUGUUUACUACAGCUUUUGUACUUGUAUUUUGGAGAGAUACACUACUGUAAAUUGUAAAUACAUGAUUCAUAUCUAUGCUAAGCAAAA